GCCUUUUCAAACGUUUUAAUCAUGCCUCACAAGUUUAAGUCGACAUCACUGAGCUACAUCAGAGACAGCAGAGGGGCCCAGUGUGGAGCCCUUCCUUGCAGAGUGAAGUCUGCCAUCAGCGUCAAUGGGACAAUCAACAACGAUGGAGUUUGUCUCUGCUCUGUGGUUUUGCCUGAUACAUCAUUCCCAAUGGAAAAGGUGGAAAACUUGGAAAUAACAUCAGAGGAGCUCAGAAGCAGCGUGGAACAGGAAAUCAGCAAGGUACAAGAAUACUCAAGGGCUGUCUCUGUACACUCCAUCAAGCUGCUGAAUCUGACACGCCGCCUGGAGAAGAUGGAAACUGGUCAUUCCUACACUCAGCUCGAUUUUGAGUUGCUGAAGUUGGAGAUCCAGGAGCUGGAGACACUCACCAAUCAGCUGAGGAACUCCCUUAACAACAGUAACAGCAUUAUUGAUCAGCUCUACACUGAGAUUAUAAAUAUGUCACGUACUGUCAGUGAGCUGGAAUCGUUUGACACACAAAAUGUGCUGGCAUUCCGCAAAGAAAUUGCACUGCUGAGGAAACAGCUUGCAGACUGUGAGAAGAAUCAAGCCCCACCAACUCAUGCUCCCAUUGAAUAUGGAAGCUGCGAUCAUAAUGGCCUUCUCCAAAUAGGCGAACCUACAGUAAUACAACUAAAUUAUAAUGGAUUUAGUUAUAAAUAUGGAGGGUGGGGCAAAGAUUCAAUUCCACCCCCUAAUAAAAAGGAACUGUAUUGGGUGGCACCACUCCACACAGACGCACAGACGCUGUACUCCUUCAGAGUGUAUUACUCACACGAUGAUUUGCUUCUCUACAAAAAUUCAAUAACUGAAUCAUUUUCAAGUUCUACAUACAGAGCACAGAAUGUGGAGGUCAUAUGGAAAGUCAGCAUUUGUUGAUCAACCCCAACUGCCUUUGAGUGACUUGAUAUUUUCUGUAACAGUAACUGUGAAAGAUAAGGGCACCACUGGCUAGGCCAGCAUUUAUUGCCCAUCCAUAAUUGCUCAGAGAGCAGUUAUGAGUCAACUACAUUGCCAUGGGUCUGGAGUCACAUGUAGGCCAGACCAGUUCCUUGUUUUCUCUCCCUCUCUGUUCUUGUUCCAUUGGCUCGAUGCUGGGACCACUUCAGAAUUUCGGAAGAUCACAGCAAGUGCAUCUACAAUCUUUGCAGCAAUGUAGGUCAUAGAAGAUGAAGUCCUGGGCAUCUGUCAGAUAUUAGUCUUGGACUACCGCUCUAGAUUGUCGAGUAAAGUCACAGCCUUCAGACCUAGAUAGUAGGUACUGCCAGUGCUGGAGGAUAUCAGAUAACAAGAAGUAGAGCUGAAUGAACACAGCAGGCCAAACAGCAUCGGAGGAGCAGGAAAGCUGACGUUUCAGGAGGUAACAAGGAGUUCGAUGAUAACAGCAUGUUAAUGUGGUCCACCUGGAUUUCAGCAAGGCUUUUGAUGAGUUCCAAACAAUAUAAACCUCAUGGAAUCCAAGGGAAAGUGGAAAGUUGAAUUCAAAAUAUCUCAGUGACAAGAAGGAAAGGAUUAUAUAUAUGGCAUAAACAACUGCACCUCCCAGUCGCGAAUGAUUUCGACUCCCCCCUCCUAUUCCUUAGAUGACGUCCAUCCUGGGCUUCCUGCAGUGCAACAACGAUACCACCUGAAGGUUGCAGGAACAGCAUUUCAUAUUCCGCUUGGGAACCCUGUGGCCCAAUGGUAUAAAUGUGGACUUCACAAGCUUCAAAAUCUCCCCUCCCCUCACCACAUCCAAAACCAGCCCAGCUCGUCCCCUCCCUCCACUGCAUUCCAAAACCAGCCCAGUUUGUCCCCGCCUCCCUAACCUGUUCUUCCUCUCACCUAUCCCCUCCUCCCACCUCAAGCCGCACCUCCAUUUCCUACCUUCUAACCUCAUCCAGCCCCCUUGGCCUGUCCAUCCUCCCUGGACUGACCUAUCCCCUCCCUACCUCCCCAUCUACACUCAACUCUACAGUAUCUCCAGUUUUCUAUGCAACUGAAGCAAGACUUCUUUGUUGUUACACUCUAAUCCUCUUGCAAAAAAGGCAAGCAUUCCACUUGAUUUCUGAAUUGCUUACUGCACUGUAUGCGAGCUUUCAGCGUUGUAUGAACAAGGUUAUCCAGGUCCUAUUAGACACCAACACUUUCCAAUCUCUCACCGUUUAAGAAAUACUUUGCACCUGUACUUCUGUUACCAAACUGCAUGCUGCCUACUGUUAACCAAUCCUCUAUUUAUGCUUGACAUUAUACCCAGUCUCAAGUGCUUUCAGUUUAUUUACUAAACUUCCUUGUGGUACUUCAUCAGAAGCAUUGUGAAAAUCUAAAUACUUCGUCUGGAAGGACAAGGGCAACCAAUACAUGAGAAUACCAGCAACUGCAAAUUCCCUCUGAGGCAUUCACCAUCCUCAGAAAUGUAUUGCCUUUCUUUCACUGGUACUGGUACUGGUAGAGGUACAGCAUCCUGGAAUUCCUAACAAACUGCACUGUGGGUCUAACUGCACCAAAUGGACUGCUGUAGCUAAGAAGGCAGCUCAUUAACACCUUCUCAACGGCAAUUAGUGAUGGCAAUAAAUGCUGGCCCAGCCAACGGAGUCCACAUCAGCUUAAUGAAUUGAAAAAAAAUCAUCCACUGGUUCACCCUUAUUCAGUCUGUUAAU